UCUGCAUUGAUGACCGUUUAUUUCUAGUCGGACUAAACGGUACCGCCCACGCGUGGUCCGGCAGCUGAAGCUUCAGACAGCGAGUUGAUUCAACGAGGAGGAACUCAGCUGCGCCUGCAGUCAGAAAUCAUGGCAAAGGAAAUAAGACACAUCUUUGGGAAUUGCCAAUUUUUCCUCGGACUGUCGCCUUUCCCCUGCGUUCUGUUUUGCGUUUUUACUGGUGUGUGGGCCAAUGAGGUACUGGUUCCAGAGCAUGUGACCGCUGUGCUGGGGAAGAACGUCACUUUGACUUGUAGGGUGGAGGUGAGCACGAACCUCAGCCUGACCCAGAGUUCCUGGGAGCGCCGGCUGCGCUCCAGCACCAUUACUUUGGCUGUCUACAACCCCCAGUAUGGGACCUCCAUCGCUGAGGAGUACAGCAAACGAGUGCACUUCCUCAAUCCUUCAGUGCAUGAUGUAUCCAUUGUCCUGGAGGGUGUGGGUUUUGCAGACAUUGGGACCUACACAUGCAAGGUCGUUACCUUCCAACUUGGAAACAUGCAUGCCUCCACAACUGUGGACAUUAUGGUGGAGCCAAAAGUCUAUGUGUCUCCUGGCUCUUUGUCCCUGCUGGAUGGAGAUGAUGAAACUCUGGUGGCCACAUGUACAGCUGAGAGGGGUCGCCCAGCAGCAGAGGUGGUCUGGGAAUCAGACCUGUUGGGUCGCACGGAGGUCAUUACACAGAAGGAGCCUGAUGGCACCACCACCACUUCAGUGCGCUACACAUGGGCCCCCACCCGUGAUGCGUUUAACCACGCCCUCGGCUGCAUUGUUCGUCACCCGGCACUGUCCAUGGAAUUCCGCAUUCCCUAUCGGCUGAAUGUGCUUUUUGCUCCAGAUGUUAUGGUGUUGGGCCAGGAGGAGGUGUGGUAUGUGGGACAAGAAAAUGUAAAGCUGGACUGUAGAGCCAAUGCCAACCCACCUGCUCAUUUAUUCCUCUGGACCAGGCUGGAUGCACCAAUGCCUGCAGGUGUGGACUCAUCUAAUGGCAGUCUAGUGUUUACUCGUCCUGUAGAGCAGAGUGACUCUGGACAAUACAGGUGUGACGUUCAAAACGAUAUUGGGCAGCGCUUUCAGGAUGUGAGAAUCUUGAUAGUAGAGCUGCCACCUACCACUGCAGUACCCACUACCACCAUGAACUUUCUUCCUGACACCAGCAUAACCAUUUCGGCUCCUAUCAAGCAACAUGCUCACUUCACCUCCCCUACUCAGACUCCUUCACCUGAUAGCAGCCUGGGAACCAUUGUAGGUGGCGCUGUUGGUGGGAUCCUUGUUCUUGUGUUGCUUAUGGCAUUGGCGGGAGUUUUCUACAUGCGUCAAAGGAGAACAUUUCGAGGUGACUACUACACCAAGCAAUACGUGGGCCCCUCCGACAUGCAGAAAGAUUCGCAACUGGACGUAAUUCAACCCCAUGAGCUGCAGGAUGUGUACAGAGACGACUCGGGCAAUGGCAGCCAGGAUUUGAAGCCCAAACCCGAAGGAGACAUUAUCUAUCCCGAUUAUGACAAUGACCAUAAAGACAUGGAGGGCUGGUGUGACAAUCUUAGACUUCAGAGAGUAGGCACAUAUUAUUCUGACCACCACAACCAUCAUAACGUAAACCCAAGUGGGCCUCCGCUACUCAAUGGCUCCCCUUACCUGCAGGAUGACUGCUAUGAGAAUGGCACAGACAGUGAUUAUGUGUCCCAUGUGGAUGGAUCUGUGAUUUCACGCAGGGAAUGGUAUGUUUGAAGAAAAAAAAGCAGGGGAACUUUACUGGACAACAAUAAUUUUAAAAUCUAUGGAGAAAGUAUUAUUUAACUCAGCAGAGGGUGAGAAAGUAUACAUUGUAAACAAAAAUAUGUAUCCUUCUAGCUCAGUUUUCGAUUUCAUCCUCACGUUUUAUACGUAGCGAACACCAGUAAUUUACUGCAAAUCUGAUUGGGAUGGGUUUUCGUUCAAUGGACUGCUGUGAGACUCCAGGAUGUAAAGGGAGAGGUUUACAUGGUUUAUGAUCACAGGGUGGACUUACACAAAGAAAACAAGUCUGCUCAAAUGAAGCUACAAUUAAGUACAUGACUGUUACAGUAGCUUUAAAACCAGGUGCAGCGUAUUGUGGUUCCUUCCUCUCUUUUUUUUUUUUUGAGAGUUAAAAGAUUUCUCCAUUAAUAGGAGCAGAGCAGAGUUUGAAAGUCUUAUGUUUUGACUGCAGGGAAUAUUCUGUGUGUGUAACAUAUAUAUGUGCGUGUGAGAGAGAACACAGCAAAAAUCAUUUUCUUAAAAAUACUUGUUUUCUGGUAAAAAAUAUCUAAACAUUCUUAAAACAAGAUAAAUUAACUUGAGAAGCAAAAUUGUUUAAGAUGAGUUUCAUUGGGAAUUGUAUGUGUGUGUGUGUAUAUAUAUAUAUAUACUGUGUAUAUACACUACAAAAGUUUUGAAACACUUGACCAAAAUGUUUCCCAUGAUCUUAAAAAUCUUUUGAUCUGAAGGCGUAUGCUUAAAUGUUUGAAAUUAGUUUUGUAGACAAAAAUAUAAUUGUGCCAGCAUAUUAAUUUAUUUCAUUAUAAAACUAAAAUGUAAUUAAAAAAAAAAAAGUUUUAGAAAUUGAUGACUUGGACCAAAUAAUAAAGAAAAGCAGCCAAUAAGUGCCCAGCAUAUAGAUGGGAACUCCUUCAAUACUGUUUAAAAAGCAUCCCAGGGUGAUACCUCAAGAAGUUGGUUGAGAAAAUGUCAAGAGUACAUGUCUGCAAAUUCUAAGAUGCUAAAAUAUCACACAGUUUUGAUUUAUUUUGGAUUGUGUUUAGUCACAACAUAAUUCCCAUAGUUCCAUUUAUGUUAUUCCAUAGUUUUUAUGACUUUACUAUUAUUCUAAAAUGUGAAGAAAAAAAUUAUAAUAAAGAAUGAGUAAGUGUUUCAAAACUUUUGACCGGUAGUGUAUGUGUGUGUGUGUGUAUAUAUGUAUAUAUAUAUAUAUAUAUAUAUAUAUAUAUAUAUAUAUAUAUAUAUAUACUGUAUGUAUAUGUUUUUUGUUUUGUUUUCAUUCUAAAUCUAAAACAAGAGAACUAUUGCCAGUUGGGUGAGAAAAAUUUUUCAUCCUAGAAAUAUUCUCUGAAAACAAGUCUUAUUAUCAUACACAAUUUUGCCUCUCAAUUAAAAACAUCUUGUUUAGACAUUUUUACUGGCAAAUGAGGUAAAACAAAUACUGCUUUAGAAAAUAAUUUUUUGCAAAUGUGUUUUAUUUUUUAACCCAGGUCUAUAUUUUGACAUUUCAACACACGCCCUUCUUUCAGCAUAUGUCUUUUUCAUAAAUGAACAAGUUAGUGAGCAAUCAGAGUAGGCCUGAAAGAACAGUUUCAUGUGGCUGUGUUGAAGACCUGUCAUAAGGGGAAUAUGGGGGUUGACGUUUACUUUGACAGAUCAGAAGGACCACUGUCUGCCCCUGAGGUUUCACCGAAGCCUUGUGGCAUUUGCCAAUUUAGUGCACUCCUUUUAAUUUCGUUUUGAUUUCUUUUUUCUCUCCCUCUCUCCACCCUUGCUACUCAUGCACUCCCAUCCCUGUGCGAGACAUCCAGAUUUCCUAGAAUAAACUGUCUGGCAUGCAGUACAUCUGCUGCAUGUGCUUCCUUUAACAUGCUGCACAAAGAUCGAACUUUGUAAUUAAUAUUUUCUGCCCUCCUGCAGAUAGACCUCAUUUCAUUCGAUCUUAGAGAUGUGCUGAGCAUCUGUUUGCAAGCACGCAAGGUUGUUUUUCUUUGUAUGUCUCAACGGUCAGGCGCGCCUGUUGAAAAAGAUAUAGCAGUUGCAGUUACUGCAGUUGCAGUUUGAUUCAUUGUUCAUAAAUCCGCAGCACUGUUGCUACAGCUGUGUUCCUGUCUAUAUUAAGUUUUCAGGAAAAUGUUUUUAACAUAUUGCUCUGUUUCUCUUCUUUAGAUCGUAUCACUAACAGUUAUCAUAAAGGUAGUCUUAACUCUUGUUAAAAAGGCCAUAUCUGUAGGACAUGAGAUAGAGUUUAAUUUGAAAUCCUAGCAUCUACAUUAUCAUUGCGUGUUUUUCUUAUUUCAUCCAGAAUGCAUUCAUAAAAGACAAAAAAAAAAAAAAAAAAAAAAGUUUGAUUUCAGACAAUUCAGAUUCUUUCAUGCAUAUGUUAUGAGUUGAUACAUUUUCAGAAACUGUCAAAAACUGAGUGAAUGUUGAAACAUUUUGGUUAUAGUGUUAAAGACUACCCUACUUCCUUUUUUAUAUAUACACUGGUGGCCAAAAGUUUGGAAUAAUGUACAGAUUUUGCUGUUUCGGAAGGAAAUUGGUACUUUAAUUCACCAAAGUGGCAUUCAACUGAUCACAAAGUAUAGUCAGGACAUUACUGAUGUAAAAAACAGCACCAUCACUAUUUGACAAAAGUCAUUUUUGAUCAAAUCUAGACAGGCCCCAUUUCCAGCAGCCAUCACUCCAACACCUUAUCCUUGAGUAAUCAUGCUAAAUUGCUAAUUUGGUACUAGAAAAUCACUUGCCAUUAUAUCAAACACCGUUGAAAGCUAUUUGGUUCAUUAAAUGAAGCUUAACAUUGUCUUUGUGUUUGUUUUUGAGUUGCCACAGUAUGCAAUAGACUGGCAUGUCUUAAGGUCAAUAUUACAUCAAAAAUGGCAAAAAAGAAACAGCUUUCUCUAGAAACUCGUCAGUCAAUCAUUGUUUUGAGGAAUGAAGGAUAUACAAUGCUUGAAAUUGCCAAAAAACUGAAGAUUUCAUACAAAGGUGUACACUACAGUCUUCAAAGACAAAGGACAACUGGCUCUAACAAGUACAGAAAGAGAUGUGGAAGGCCCAGAUGUACAACUAAAAAGAGGAUAAGUACAUCAGAGUCUCUAGUUUGAGAAAUAGAUGCCUCACAUGUCCUCAGCUGACAGCUUCAUUGAAUUCUACCCGCUCAACACCAGUUUCAUGUACAACAGUAAAGAGAAGACUCAGGGGUGCAGGCCUUAUGGGAAGAAUUGCAAAGAAAAAGCCACUUUUGAAACAGAAAACAAAAAGAAAGGGUUAGAGUGGGCAAAGAAACACAGACAUUGGACAACAGUGAAUUGGAAAAGAGUGUUAUGGAUUGUAACUCCAUUGAGCUUUUGUGGGAUCAGCAAGACUGUAAGGUGCGUGAGAAGUGCCCGACAAGACAGCCACAUCUAUGGCAAGUGCUACAGGAAGUGUGGAGUGAAAUGUCACCUGAGUAUCUGGACAAACUGACAGCUAGAAUGCCAAGGAUCUGCAAAGCUGUCAUUGCUGCACAUGGAGGAUUUUUUGAUGAGAACUCUUUGAAGAAGUUUAAGAAGUUUUUUUUAUUGUAAUAGUAAUUUUUUAAUGUUAUUAAUGUCCUGAUUAUACAUUGUGAUCAGUUGAAUGCCACUUUGGUGAAUAAAAGUACCAAUUUCUUUCCAUAAGAUCAAAAUCUGUACAUUAUUCCAAACUUUUGUCCACCAGUGUGUGUGUAUAUAUAUAUAUAUAUAUAUACAUAUAUUUUUUUUUUGUAUAUAUUCUGGUGGGAGAUAUUUGUCUAUGGAAUAUACAUAUUUUUAUAUGAGGCCAGACAACAUUGAGCAGAGAAUGUUCACACUUUGUUCACAUGUGCUUUUUCUUCUCAUGUUUUUCUUUUGUAUUUAGUUCUCAGGAGUUUGAAAGAUUAUUUUGUACAUAUUAGAAGUAUUCGAAUGAUUUAUGACUUAUAAAUGAUUUUGAAAAUGAGGGACAGACAUUGCUUUGUUUUUAAUGCCUUCUGUUUAUGAUAAUAUAUAAAAAAAUAAAAUAAAAAAAAACAUUCUUUAAACAUGUUAACUUGCUUGUGAUUUAGACCAUGUGGCAUAACACACUAAUACAGUAACAUCUUGUAUACCACGUAUUUGCAGUUUGACCCAUCCUGGCCAUUGUUUAUAUUUGAAAGCACUGAAAUGAAUAUGCUCUUUGGAGUACUACUUUAAAAUAAAUAGCUCACCCAAAAAUGUAAAUAUUCAUUGUUUAUCCUUUAUGUCGUACCAAACACGAUGGUGUCAUUCCAUAUGACUUUUGCACUUUCUUCCAAGUGUUCUGAAGCCAUACAAUAGCUGUUUCACUUUUUAAGUUAUUAUUCGCUCUUAAAAUUUGUGCUGCUGUUCAAUUCAAAGCACUAAAAUGCAUUGCAUUCCAUUCGCUGGUAAUGAGACAUGCGAGAACCAAUGAUGUUCGAUGUUAAACCUGGCACGACUAAUCUUAAAUUCUGCCUUUUCCUCACACAAAGCGAUUGUAUGGCUUUUAAAGACUUGUAAUAUAACACACAAGUUGUAGGUUCUGUUUUUAUGUAUUAUAAUGUUGCUUCUGGUAAACAGUGUUUUUGUUGUCCCAUUUGGAGCUUUACAGAUCCAUUCACCUUCAGACCCAUUUCCCUCUGGAAAAGAGCGGCCUAGACAUUGUUCAAAACUUCUUUUUUUAUAUUCCACAGGAAAAAAUAUCAGAAGUCAUACAGUUUGACACUCUCCUUGUGUUUUGUUUUAGUAUCCAAUUGUCAUUGGUUUGUACCUUUUGAGUCAGCAGAAUGUUAUGUACCCCUAAAAGGAUUAAA